AUGUUUCGAUUGUGCAGAAGGUUGACGUUCACUUUAAUUGCUUGCAUACAAUUGCAAGUAGUGAAAAAUGAAAAAAACAUGAAAUUACUUGAAAUCACCUGUGAGCCUGUGCAACCCACAGUGAUAAAUAUUACACUUUGCACUUUGAAGCAAAUGCCACAUGACAUAACGGAGGUCUCCGUGGCGAUAUCACUCCUACAAGGGCCAAUAAAUAAUGUGACGGUUUCAGCGCUAUUGGUGAAACGGGGAUACGAAAAUCGCGCACCCAUGGUGGAAUACACGAUUGAUGGUUGUGCCUUCUUUCGUAAUAAACGUCGUAAUUUUGUAGCGAAUUUCGCCUAUAAAGCUAUGGGCUUGGACAAGUAUAGCAAUUUGAAUCACAGCUGCCCUUAUGAUCACGAUUUGCUAGUUGAUCGCUAUGCUUUCAAUGGUAAGGCACUCGGAAAAAUAAUUCCAUUUGGUAAUGGCCCAGAUGGUGGCGAAGACCUGAUUGAAGGCCAGGAAGGUUUUACUAAAAUGUUAAACACAACAUUCUUUAAUCGUUUACCAACUAUAGAGUAA